CAAUGUUCAAAGCUCGUGCAGCAGACGGAUGUGAAGGGUUGAGCUUCUCCCUCUAACUUGUCCAAAUCCUCACUUUUACAAGCAAGAAUUCAGCAGUCAUGGCAUCCGCGGUGCAUAUCAAGAUUGGAAUAAUUGGAGGCUCAGGGCUGGAUGAUCCUGAUAUUUUGGAGGGAAGAACAGAGCGUUAUGUUGAAACACCAUAUGGGAAGCCAUCGGAUGCACUGAUACUGGGGAAGAUAAAAAAUGUGGACUGUGUGCUGCUUGCGAGGCAUGGGAGACAGCACACCAUCAUGCCAUCAAAUGUAAACUACCGGGCCAACAUUUGGGCUCUGAGAGAAGAAGGCUGCACACAUCUCCUGGUCACCACGGCCUGCGGCUCACUCAGGGAGGAGAUUCAGCCAGGAGAUAUUGUCAUCAUCGAUCAGUUCAUCGACAGGACUACCAAGAGACAUCAGACGCUGUAUGAUGGGCAGCCCACCAGUCCUGCAGGUGUGUGUCACGUCCCCAUGGCUGAACCUUUCUGCAACAGAACUAGAGAGGCUUUGGUGGAGGUGGCGCGGAGUCUGGGGAUCAAGUGCCACGUUCGAGGGACGAUGCUGUCCAUCGAGGGGCCUCGCUUUUCUUCCCGGGCAGAGAGCCUCAUGUUCCGCCAGUGGGGCGCUGACGUUAUCAACAUGACCACCGUGCCAGAGGUGGUCCUCGCCAAAGAAGCUGGGUUGUGCUAUGCCAGCAUUGCCAUGGCAACAGACUAUGACUGCUGGAAGGAACACGAAGAGGCAGUGUGUGUUGACAAUGUAUUGAAGACAAUGAAAGAAAACGCCAACAAAGCAAGCAGCAUCCUGCUAACUGCAAUACCUCUGAUUAGUCAGAUGGACUGGGCUCAGACAAUGAAAACCUUGAAAUCGAUGGUGCAAUCUUCAGUCAUGUUACCAAAACACUGAGUGUGAAGGGAAGAACAAAAUAAGGAAAAAAAAAACAAUAAGAAUACCAGACACCACCUGCACCUACUCUGGCACAGACGUGACGUCCCACUCCGCUCGGCCUGUGGAUUUGUCAUCGGUGAAUCACAAGAAAAAGUGCCUCACACAGAAAUUGCACAUGCUGCGUAUUCAGUGUCUUUUGUCAAGUCAAAAUAGAUGUAUAAAUCCCCCUUCUCACUGAUUCACAGCUCACUCCCUUUCCCUGGAAUGUGUCAUCCUAUCAUGUGUUUUGGUAAAAGCAUUUCAAAAGUCUUAAGAUUAUACUCAGCUUCUUCUGGAUUUAUAUUUUUGUGUUCAGCAAAAUUUCUAUGUUCAUUUCCUGUAAAGUAUCAGUGAACUCACUUUUCCAGCAGGACACAAAAAUGCUCAAGUUUACCACCUAAAUACUUCAAUUCAGCUUUAGUUACAUCAUGCCCCUUUCAAAGCUGAAUCUGGGAUUUUGCAUGCCUGGAACUUAUUGAGGUAAAUUUUUAACUACUUAUACACAAUCUUAAUACUGGGAAUGUUUAUCUGCUUUUGGGGGUCUUUUUAAUCAUGUUUUUUGGUCAACUUUAUUUUUUCUUUGCACUCAACUAUUAUGCUUUUCUGGAAUCAGAAUAGCAUUUAAUUUAGGAUUGAACUGUGCUACAUGUAUGCAAGUAUUUUUGUAGUUAUCAGCCAGUCGACAGUGUUUUCAGUACGUUUGAGAGAUCUGCUGCCUGCAUUCAAAGCGAUAUUCUGCUGUUUGAAAUCGGUAUUUUGUAAGUAUGUUUAAGCCCUCUUUUUCUGCUCUAGACUGAACUUGAUCUUUAUUGUGUUGCAUGUUCCACAAAAUAUAUAAAGCUGCUUGUAUUUCCGUUGUCUUUCCACAGUAUAAAAGUCCCAUGCGUUAUGCAUGUGUCAAAUUACCUAAAUAAAGAUUAGUUUUUUUGACUAUCCAAAGAA